UGAGUUUUGUUCAGAUUUUUAAUUGUGUUGAUUUAUUGUUUACAUUUAGUGCUUUAUGGUUUAUUAAUCAUUUAAUUUUGUUUAAUCACAAUGAUUCUUCUAGAAAUUAAUAAUAAAACAAUUGAAGAUACAUUAAGUUACAAAAUUAGUGAAGUUGAAUCAAAUUCAAAAUUAGAGCUGGUUGAUGUUACCUUUGCUGAUUUUGAUGGUGUUAUUUUCCACAUUUCCAAUUUGAAGGAUGACAAAUAUAAAAUAAGGGUUAGCAUUGCUCUCAAAUUUUAUAAAGAUUUACAAGAACAUGGAGCUGAUGAUUUACUUCAACGAGAAUAUGGCUCGUUAUUGCAAUUACCUCCAGAAGAAGGUUACAAUGUUACAUUGUUAUUUGAUUUGAAAAAUUUACCCGAAAAUCACCAGGAAUUAGUUAAGAAAGCUGGACUUUUGAAAAGAAACUGUUUCGCCUCAGUUUUUGAGAAAUAUUUUGAAUUUCAAGAGAAAGGUCAAGAAGAAGGCAAACGAGCCGUUAUCCAUUAUAGAGAAGAUGAAACCAUGUAUGUGGAAGCCAAACCUGACAGGGUAACCGUUAUUUUCAGCACCGUUUUCAAGGAUGAAUCGGAUGUUAUUAUUGGAAAGGUUUUCAUGCAAGAAUUCAAAGAAGGGCGUAAAGCGAGUCACACUGCGCCCCAUGUUUUAUUCAGUCACAAAGAACCACCCAUGGAGCUUCAAGACACCGAUGCUCUUGCUGGUGAUAAAAUUGGCUACAUUACUUUCGUUCUAUUCCCUCGACAUACUAGUAAAAAAUCUCGAGAUAAUACAAUUAAUUUGAUACAUAUUUUCCGUGAUUAUUUGCAUUACCACAUCAAAUGCUCAAAAGUUUAUAUACAUUCUAGGAUGAGAGCUAAAACUUCAGAGUUCCUUAAAAUUCUCAAUCGAGCUCGGCCUGAACGUCAGACAGAAAAGAAAACUAUUACAGGAAAAACGUUUGUACCUACACCUUAUUAUCCUGAAAUAACCGGAGCAUCUUCAAAUAAAUGAGAUUUUAAGGACUCUUUAAAUAUUUUUUUUAAUUGUGUUGUGAGAGUGACAGUGAUUCACGGACAAGCUUACAGAAAGUGUCAUAUAAGGUGGAUUUAAUUGUUUCAUGAAUGAUAAACAAAAAAAAGAGAUAGAAAACAAAAAAGUUACAUAUAAAUAUAUUAUUUAUGCUGAAGCACACACGAUCCAGUUAAUCAGAGUUUUAAAAAAGUCGUGGUAUUGUCACAAUCAAGAGUGAAAAAUGAAAUAAUCAAAGGAAUAUGAUAAUAGCAAAAAAUGAUUGAUCACUGGCCACAUGAAUAAUUAAGACUCUCGCUUGGAUUUACAAUAUCAACAGAAAACCAAUCAUCAACCUCAUUGAAUUUAAUGUUAACCAAAAUGAUUAUUAUUAUUAUCCAAUCAGUGUAUCAACAACUAAUCAACACGAAUCAAUGUUCAACAAUCUAUUCUCAUUCCUUUACAACGAUUUAAAUCUCUAGAUUAAGUGUAUUCCAACUGCCCUGGUGUUUAUGUGGCUCGAAAAAAAAAACUGAAAAUCACUCAAUGGCAAUAAAGAGAAAGUUGAUUACUUCUAAUUAAAAUACCUUUUAAUUACUUUA